GUGCAGGGUAAGCGGGGAUGGAAAGAGGCUCAAAUAGGCUAGCUAGGCCUGCCACGAACAUCCCACUGUCUUCAUCCUCCUUGUCCUCCUCCAUUCUCAAAAGCCUCCGCCAGCUGCCAAACGGUCCUUCACUCUCCUUUCAUUUACUACCAUCAUCUCUAGGACCUUGGCUCCGUAAUCUUCACCAGUACUUUCCGUCUAAUCCUUGCGUCUCUUCUACCAUCGCAACCAACCCGACCCACGACCACUUUUACGAUGCUUAACCGCCAGCUAUCAUUGCUGGCGUUGGGUCUUGCUGCGGCCACUCCAGCAGUCCUCUCGCAAAAGCCAGGCUCUUUCGAGGAUGGAGGUGAUACCCUAGUCAGCGCCAUGAUGUUGCUUCUCGGUAACGACGAGAAGGUUUACAUCCUCGACAAAUCUGAAGGCAACCCCGCACAGAUCAACGGCCAUCCUGCCAUGGGUGCCGUCUACGACAUUGCCACGCGCAAAGCUCAGGUCAUGGAUGUCACUUCAAACGUUUUCUGCGCAUCUGGAAUGCAUCUGCCAAACGGCUCUUUCAUUACUCUCGGUGGUAACGGUGCCAUUGGCCCCGGUGGUAACAUUGGCAGCGUCCAAGCUGAAGGCGGUGGUUCCGGUCUCUUCGACGAGACGUACCAAGACUAUGACGGCACCAGGGCAAUCCGUAUCCUGAACCCGUGUACGGGUGAUGCUACGGGACCUGCCUGCGAGUGGUUUGACGACGCCAAUGUCCUUGCCAUGCAGAAGCACAGGUGGUACUCUACCGCCGAGCCUCUAGGCGAUGGUUCCAUCGCGAUCAUUGGUGGUUUUACCAACGGUGGUUACGUCAACAGGAACUACCCAAACCUUGAUCCUGCUUACGAGGGUGGCGCAGCUGAGCCUACGUUCGAGUUCUUCCCGAGCAGGGGUGAAGCACAGGUCAUGCAGUUCAUCGUCGACACCUCCGGUCUCAAUGCUUAUCCCCAUACCUACACCCUGCCAUCUGGCAAGCUGUUCCUUCAGGCCAACAUCUCAUCGAUGAUUUGGGAUCCGGACACCAACAGCGAGAACCGUCUCCCUAACAUGCCCGAGAACAUCGUUCGCGUGUACCCUGCUUCAGGUGCCGUAGCCAUGCUUCCUCUGACGCCUGCAAACAACUGGACUCCCACCAUUCUUUUCUGUGGUGGUUCCGAUAUGCCCGACUACGCCUGGGGUAACUACUCGUGGCCGUACAUCAACACCUGGGAGUACCCAGCAUCGGCCAAGUGUCACCGUAUCACUCCCGAGCCCUCGGAUAACUCGUCAGCCGACUACGAGGAAGAUGAUCCCAUGCUUGAGACCCGUACCAUGGGUCAAUUCAUCGCGCUUCCGGAUGGAACUAUGAUGGUUGUCAAUGGCGGUUUGAACGGUACCGCUGGCUACUCAACUCAGACUCUCAUCACCACGUCCUACUCAGACAUGCCUUACGGUAUGUCGUUGGCGUCUGGUCCAGUCGGUACUCCUGGUAUCUACGAUCCUCGCAAGCCCAAGGGUCAACGGUGGUCGAACACAGGUCUUGAUGCGUCCGAGAUCCCUCGUCUCUAUCACUCAUCGGCUCUUCUCCUUCCUGAUGCGUCCGUUCUUAUUGCUGGUUCUAACCCCAAUGUUGAUGUCAACACUUCGACGAUCUUCCCUACGACUUACAAGGCGGAGAUUUUCUAUCCUUCAUACUUCAGUGCCAAGACUCGUCCUACGCCCCAGGGUGUCCCCAAGACAAUCUCAUACGGAGGCGACAAGUUCGACAUCACCGUUCCAGCAGCGUCCUAUUCUGGCGCGGCUAACGAUGCUGCCGACAGCGCUGCGGUCAUGCUGAUGCGUCCCGGUUUCACCACUCAUGCCAUGAACAUGGGUCAACGUUCGAUGCAACUCAACAACACGUACACGGUCAACAGUGAUGGUUCUCUCACUCUUCACGUCGCUCAGGCGCCUCCCAACUCGAACAUCUUCCAACCUGGCCCCGCCUUGUUGUUCGUCACCAUCAACGGUAUCCCAUCAAACGGAACCUAUGUUAUCGUCGGUAACGGUCAGAUCGGUAAACAACCCACUGCAGCAGCAUCAACUCUUCCAGCAAAUGUCAGACUCGACAGUGUCAAAGGUACAGGUGAAGGUGGAUCAAGUACAAGCAACACUACCAGCAACAACUCGAGCGGAGCGUCACAUACAGGUCCAAUUAUUGGAGCAGUAGUGGGCGCGAUCGCACUCGUGGGCAUUCUUGUGCGUUUGUGCCAUUGCAGCAGGAUAAUCCGAGUAUGGCUUGGAAUGCGAGUUCGCUAAGCGUCAACUCGCCGUACUUGGACCAGACCCCGGCUGGUGCACGAAGUGGUGGCCAGAGCGUUGAGUUUGAUCCCUAUUACCAGAACACGCCUCGGAUGAGUACUGCUCACGGACAGCGAUAAUAAGUAGAAGGGGUGUUUUUAUAAUGACGGACUCGUAACUUUUUUCUCUUUUUCCCAGUCUCUCGUGUUUUCACCUGACUUUUCUCUUCUUUACACAUCGAAUUCUUGCUUACCUUCAUCGUCACUUUUUGCUCCUGCGUCCUCACCCCUCAUCACUUGCACGCAUCAUCUUUUAUGUUCUUCCUCCUUUCAUCUUCAUUCCUUUAGCAUAGUCGGUUUUCCUACUGCGUUGGUGUUGAUCUCUGAACUUGGUUGGGAUGCCGAGGGUGUGUAUCUUACGAUGAAACUUUUUGCUCGCAAUACGGACGGCUCAUCAGCAAUUAUCUACGCGUACAAUAUCCUUUCUCUCUGUCACUCUCUCGUCUUGGUCGCACGCCGCAUCUCAUUGUCGUUCGUUGAUCAACUCCUCCUCAUCGCUCACUCGUACGUGGUUCCUUCUAUGUUUCUGGUGUCUCGUCCUGGUUCUGACUAUUGACUCUUUACUUAUGUUCUGUCUAUUGAUUUUACGUUUUGUUGGUUUCUCUACGUCUUUCUCUUGUGCAUACUGCUUGCGGAUGUACAUAUAGACUAGCACUCCCUCCUCUGACUGGUUUAGGACUAUCCGUAUACAUAGUGACCUAGUCUAUCGUAUUUGCUACAUUAUCGAUUCCCUUUGAUUCAUGGUUGUUUCGGACGAUGGUUUGAAGUUUUCACUCAGAUACAUACUGAAGUCGUUUCUAACGGCUGUCAAGAUUCGCAGCACACGAGAGCAUGAAAUUGUGAACGAUAAAAUUAUUAUGGUGGCGACGCAGCAACAAAAGCAUUAAAAUUAU